UGUUGUUCCUUCUGGUGUGAAGAAUGUGUUGUAGCACAUAACAUAAUUCGAGAAAAUAAAGACCACAGAACGCUGGCACUGAAAGAUUUUCAAGAUCAAGACAUCCAGGCUGUAUUAGAGCGACCUUCAUUUUGUCAGAAGAAACACCAUGAAAAAGAAGAGCUGAAGUUCUUUUGCAAGGACUGCAAAGUCGCCAUUUGCAACACUUGUGCCGUAACGCUUCAUGAAGGUCAUGGUAAGAUGCCCUUGCAAGAAGCUACCGAUGAGCGCAAAACACAAAUCAACUCCAUGAUUCGAUCUUUGAAAGACAAAGUACGGGAAACACGACAGGAAGUCGAACAAUUCAACCAAAAACGCAUCGCAGUUCAAUCGAAAGUAACCGAAGUAAAAAGCCAAGUGCAGUCUUGUGUAGAUCAAAUUAUUGCAAUCAUCGAAGCGAGGAAACAAGAUGUUUUUGAUGCAGUGGAAAAUCAAGCAAAAAAAUCACUGGAAUCUCUCUUACAGAAAAAAGACGAAGUGGAAAAACGAGUGAAACUAAUUGAAUCAGCAAUUGAACAAACUGAAACUCUGUUGGAACGAAGCUUUAGUACUGAAAUCCUGGGAUUCAGUGAAACAUUCGAUACAAUCCUACAGGAACAGGGCCCCCAACAAAACCUUGACACUGAAUGUAUUCCUCGGUUUAGUUUUACUAAAAGUGAAAAACUGAUUAAUUUGUUGACCAGUGAAGGAAUAGGUAAUUUAAAAACUGCUUUUAGCGAAACUAAAGUACAAGCAACUAUAGGUAAAGAAAGCAGUAAAGUAAUUGCUGGGAAUAAAGCGACAAAUGUUUGUGACAGUCCUUUCAAGGCUCUGGUACAAAAAAGGCGCUUCAGAUCUGUGCUGUCAUUUGGACAAAAAGGUGAGUCUGUUGGAAUGCUUUCGCGGCCCCGGGGGUUGGCAGUGAAUGAUCAGGAUGAAAUUGCUGUGGCUGAGUUUCUGAACCACAGGGUUUCAGUGUUUAGUAGUGAUGGUACCCACUUAAUAUCGUUUGGUAGAGAGGGUAGAAAAAAUGGUGAAUUUAUGUACCCUACAGGGAUCGCUGUCGAUACUCAUGGUAAUAUUGUAGUGGCAGACAAUUAUAACCACAGGGUGCAAGUCUUUGAUAGGAGUGAUAACUUUCUUAGAAAGUUUGGUGAAGAAGGAAUUCUUGAUCACCAGCUUAGGAAGCCUGAAGGUUUAUCAAUAAACGGUAACGGUGAUAUUAUUGUUGCUGAUAGCCAUAACAAAUUUAUCAAGAUAUUCUCUUCUAGUGGGGAGUAUUUACGUAAAUUUGGUGGAGCAAGUACUUUUGUCAGUCCCUAUCACUGUAUCCAACACGGUCAAUAUUUUAUAGUCUCAGACUGGGGGGAUCAUUCCAUUAAAAUAUUUGAUCUGGAGGGAACGUUUAUUUCUAAAUUUGGAAAACAGGGAAACAAGGAUGGUGAGUUCAAUAACCCCUAUUACUUGUCAGUUAACAAAGAAGGUUUGUUAAUGGUCUGUGAUGGAAGUAAUCACAGAGUUCAGGUUUUUGAACUUAAUGGAACGUUUAUUACAAAGUUUGGGAGUAAAGGUAGUCAGAUAGGAGAGUUUUAUUAUCCAAGGUCUACCGCAAAUCUUAGUGAUGGAAGAAUAGUUGUAUCUGACAUGGAGAACAACCGAAUCCAGAUUUUUGACAAGGUAUAAUACGAUAUUACCAGUGGUAUUGUAAUUCAUUGUUAAAAAGCGGUUCGAAUUGAUUACCUCGAACAAAGAAAACCGGAAUUUUUCGAACAACACCAUCUCGUGAGGUAUUUGCCACUGUUGUUUGUCUUUUCUGUGAAUGUAACAAUACGUUAUAAUAAUAGCUGUAAUAAUAGCUGUAAUAAAAGCUGAAAUGACAUUCAACUUGUAAAUAUAUUUUGAUAUCCUUUUUUCAUAUGUACUGUAGUCUAAUUUAAUUUUCGAUUAUAGUUAAAGAAGGUGGUUAAAUUGUUUGGUAUCAAAAUUGCUUUUAAACUUUUAUGCUGUACAUCUUUUCAUUUUCUUUCCAGCAGUUGCUAGUUGUUAGCUAGUGCAUUUUUUGAAGUAUUAGUCCCGAACCCUUGGCUCAAGUACCAUUCUUUCUCAACAGCUUCUUCAGGUCACAUAUAUUAACCGAAUCGUAUAACGAUUUGUUGAAAACACAUUUUAAAAAGGAUAAUCAAAAAUAAAGAAUGCUUUAUUGUUCAAAUUUUAUCGUUGUCAAUGAGACCGUCAUGUGUUGAAGUUGAACGUACCAGUUUACUUCAUCCAAGCGUGAAUGUAUUUAACACGCGAGCGCUAAUUGAGGACACUAUUUUUACGUCUGUACUCGGAGAAUGGACCACACUUUCUAUGUCCAGUGAUCAUCCGAGUCACGUAUAGGUCUACUGAGCAGUUAACGGGACAAGCAAGUACAGUCGAACCCCUCUUUAAGGACACCCACUUAAUACAGAUACUUUUUUUCCCCUGGUGACAAUAGACCCUAGUCCAUUUACCGGGGGGGUACUCGAUAUAUCUCUGGGUGGGGAGGUGCGGCGCGGCCCCUCAUACCCUGACCCUGUUUCAGACAAAUAUCGCUGAUUUUCCUACCCUGCUUAAGACAGAAUUCCGAUUUUUGAUACCCUGUUUAAGUCAACGGAGGUCAAUAUUAAUUAACAUUAGGACUUGCAAAAAUUUUGCUGUUUAUCGUCCAAGAAAAGAUAUCCUGUUUAAGACAAAAAUUGAUAUAUCGAUACCCUGAUUAAGACAAAAAAUGAUAAAUUCGUUACCCUGUUUAAGACAAAAAUCCCGAAAAACAUACCCUGGCUGGCCGCACGUCCCCAUUAAGCCCUUAUAAGGGAGUACCCCCCGUGUCCAGUUUCUCUUAAUUCAACCCCCUUAAUACGGACACUUUCUAUGGCUCUGUCGGGCUUUGACUGUACCUUCUUCCUUCGUUAUUUUAAGACCCUCAGAGUUUGUGGAAUUCCCGUUCCUGCAGUCAAACGCUCUACCGGCUGAGCUAAUCUUUUCGUUUUAAGGUAGAUAACUGCUAAAUCUACCGUUCAGUGCAUGUACUACAAGCUGUGGCUGUACGCAAGUGUAACCUCGCGUAGCAAGCGCAUGAAGGGGAGGGGAGAGGAAGGACAUGGGAGCAGAUAAGGGUAUUUUCUCCCGUCCCCUCUUCUCUCCUCUCCUCUCCCCUGAACUCCUCUACUUUCUUCUGCUCUCCUCCCCUCCCCUCCCCUCCCCUCCCCUUCCCUGUCCUCUUCUCUACUCUCCUCCCCUCCCCUUCCCUGUCCUCUCCUCUCCUCCACUCCCCUCUCCUCUCCUCCCCUCUCCUCUGAACUCCUUCCCUCUCCUCUCCUCUCCUCUCAUCUCCUCUCCUCUUGUCCUUAUCUUAAUUUAUCUUUUUAGCAAUAUAGGGUUCCUUAUUACAGGAGUCUCGUUAAUCUCCUCUAUAAUUCCCUCCCUACCCGUCCCUAUUUUAUGUACUCCACGCUGGUUAGCCCUAUGGUAACCUUGAGCAAUGAUAACUUCUCUUCUUAACUCUUCCACAUCAAGAAGUCUUCUUUAUCUCUGGGAAGUGAGCCCUUGCUGGCCCUGAAAGGAACUCACGAAUCGGGUAUACAAGGAGCUCUAGAAAGUGUAAGUGGUUUCGUGAAAACAAGAUGAUCUCAGUUGAACCCUGAAAAAUGCAACGCACUGUUUCUCGCGCGAAAGCCCAAUGUUUGCUGAAGGUGCUGCCUUACCACUAGUUAAUAUAGUCAGAGAAAUGUUUGGGUUAAUAUUGGACGAUUCCCUGAAUUUUGUAAAACACGUUACGUAAAUUAGCACUGAAGAAAGUUGGAAAGCAUCUAGAUGUUCUUCGUAGACCUUAUAGAAUGUAGGAGGGUUAACCGUCAGCCGUCAAACUGCCUAAAAUUUAACCGUAAGCCGUCGAAAAAGGUACUUUUUUACCGUCAACCGUCAAAAAGUUUCAAGGUAUUUCAAAAAAUGUGACUUUUUCAGCUGAUCUUCUCGGACUUCUGGCUUCUGAGGAAUCCGGCUCCAAACGGGAAUAGUCAGUUCCCGUUUUAUCAUAAAACCUUACAACUUGCCUUUUUUUCAAAGUAUCUCAAAUUUUAUCAGUGGAAAGUCCGUUUUGGUAGUUGGAGAUCUCAACUGUGACCUGCUCACUAGCUCUUAAGAAUCGAGAGCGCUGAAUGACUUUUGUAGCAGCUUAAAUAUGACUCAACUUAUAACAGAGCCUACAAGGGUGACUCCAACAUCUGAGACUUUGAUUGAUGUCAUCAUGACUUCCAAUUCAGCCUUAGUUACCGACAGUGGUGUGGUUGAAACACACAUUAGCGAUCAUUAUCUGGUUUAUGCGGUACUGAAUUUCAAGGCGCCGAAACCACUGCCUACUUAUGUUAUAUCUAGAAGUUAUGAGAAUUACGACUCUGAGAGCUUUGUGAAUGAUCUUGCCCAAGUCCCAUGGUAUGAAAAUGCUUUGAUUGAUGAUGCUGGUGAAAAAGUAGAACAUUUUAAUGAGAAAUUUUUGGAAGUCCUGGAGCGUCAUGCGCCUGUCAGGAAAAGGAAAGUCAGAAAUCGGCAAUUUCCAUUUCUCUUGAGAUCAUGCAAGACAUCAAGGAGUUGAUGGAUGAGAGAGAUCAAGUACACGGAGUUGCUCGUGAGUCGGGCGCUGUUACGGACUGGGAGCAUUACCGCUGGUGUCGUAAUGAGGUUAAGAGAAGGCUAUGUGAUGCUGAGAGGAUCUAUGUUCAAAAGGAGAUGAAUGGCAAUCAGAGUAGUAAUGCCGUGUGGACGGUAAUACGGAACUGUAUCCCGUCAAAAGAGAAAUCGAGACCGGUGUACUCAAGGGAUAUGACGGAACUGGCGAACGAGUUCAAUGAGUUCUUUACUUCUGCGGGGGCAAGGGCUGCAGCUGAAUCUAAGAGGCUUGCUUCAGUUAACGUUCUUCCAGCGUAUAAGCCCCCUCAGCCAAGACCUUAUUCCAAACAGAGGAAUUCCGAUUCCGCGCAUUCACCACCUUUGAAGUACAUCAGAUCAUCUUGUCUUUUCCUUCAAACAGGGCACCAGGAAAGGAUAAGUUACAGAGUGUGAUCAAGGAUGCCCUACCAGUUAUACUUCCAGUCGUGACAGAGCUUAUAAAUAGGUUGCUUUUAACAUCAGUUUUUCCAUUUGCUUGGAAAGAGUCCGUGGUAAUACCGAUAUUAAAGGAAGGGGAUCAUGAGGUUGCUAAUAACAACCGGCCAGUAUCACUGCUACCCGCUCUGUCUAAGAUUUGCGAACGAGCAGCUCUUAAUCAGUUAACGGAGUACACAACACGUCAGAACUGUAACUGAAAAGCAAAAUGGAAACAAGAAGAAGCACUCGACAAAAACACUUCAUAUUUUCAUUAGAUUUCUAUUGUUCAUAUUAGAUUUUAUUGUAAUUGGUAUGUGAAAACCCAUUUUAAUUGGAUGUACCAAUAAAGUUGAUUGAUUGAUUGAUUGAUUGAUUGAUUGGCAGGCAGGGACAACCUCCACAACUCGAAAGUUAAUAUUAAUUUAUACAGAAGAUAAUAUUUAUACUUAUAAUCAGAACUCUUGGACUAAAUUUCCACAGUAAUAAACGUCAACUGUCAAAAGCUCAAACAUUUAACCGUCCGACGAACCGUCGAACCUUGCACCCUAUUAAAAGCGGCCCCCCCGGGGGGGGGUACUCCCUUAUAAGGGCUUAAUGGGGAUGUGCGGCCAGCAAGGGUAUGGUUUUCGGGAUAUUUGUCUUAAACAGGGUAUUGAUGUUAUCAAUUUUUGUCUUAAACAGGGUAUCUUUUCUUAGACAGGAGUCCAUAACCCUGUUCUUAGAUUUGCACUCGGAUGCUUGUGGUUUCAACUCGGCACGCAUACUGAACUCAAAACUGGAGAAAGAGAAAAAAAUAUCAAUUAAAAUGAACCUCUCUGAAACGUUUCUAGAUAAGUAUACAAGAGAGUGAAGUUAGUUAAUAUAUGAAAAUCAUAUAUGAGAACUGCGGGGUGAAGAAUUAUAUGAAGGAAGAUCAUCGCAGUUUUCAUAUAUCUACCUGGAGUUUUGAAAACUGGGUUACUUACAAAUUUCAAUUGACCUUCAUCAUAACGGAAAAACUAGCUUUUACUCUAAUCUCAUGAAGAUGGUUGACUACUACGUUCUAAACUAUGACUUUCCUGUAAUUCAUUGAUUGACUCAAUAGUUAAUCGGUAUAUCGGCAUAAUGAAAAAUAAAUACGUCUCUUACUAGAAUCAGACCCUUUAACAAUCACAAAAACGUUUUUAUUGUGCAAUCAAAGACGACUAUAGCCCCUCGCCGUACCUAGUUUUAACAAGAAAAAACCCUUCGAGAAAAGCAUUGGUUAAAUUUAGAAUAAGUAGUCAUCAACUUAGAAUUGAAACAGGUGGAUACGAAAAAUCCCUCGUAAUGAAAGGAUAUGUUCCUUUUGUACAAGUAACAAAAUUGAAGAUGAAAAUCAUUUCUUACUAGAUUGUAAGGCUUAUUCUCAGAUCAGAGACAUAUUUUUCUCCAAACUAGAAACUAAAAUACCUGACUUCAAAUCACUUUCGCACGAUACUUUAAUGAUCUCUUCUUAUGAAUUCUUCUGAUUAUUUAAUUAACUGUCAAUUAGUUUCAUUUAUCUCGCAGUGCUUUGAAUUAAGAACCAAUUUAAUAUCAACGAAUGAAUGAAUGAGAACUGUAACGUUUUGUAAUGUUUUGCACGUACUAAUUAGUUGAAUUAGUACUUAAAUUUAGACUAAUAGCUUUUGCAAUACUGUAAUUCCUUUAUGGUCAUGCAAAUAACGCAUUUGGUGUUGUUGUUGUUGUUGGGUUGCCUGAAAUCUUAAGUCAAGUCCAGCACAUUGCAGGCAAUCUUUCAAAACGUAAUUUGCUUAAAGCCGUGAUGCUUUAAGUGUAAAAAUAAAAAUCUCCCUCUUCAGGACUAACCACCCUCAGCUUUUAACCAUGGCCUCCAAUACUCCGAUUCUAGAAAAAACCGGAAGUUGCAUGGAAGUGCGGCUUGAUAGCCCGAAAAUCCUUAAAUAAGAGUGACCGAGACAAGGUUUUAUGAGCCCGCGAGACUGAGCACUUUACCCAAAUCCUUGUUUUCACUAAAACCGCUGGACGCCACAACCUGGUUGAGGUCGUUGUUACCUUGAAGGUCUUCCUAAUAGCCCUCGCAGCAAAUUUAAAAUACAACUAACAUGGCGGACGAUCGGCGGACGAUCAAGUCGAUCUUACUCCAGAGGACAUUGCUCGUGCUAGCUUUAGUGAAGAAGAGAUAGUAAAAACUGACCGUUGCUCAGCUAAAGUUUUGGUUAACGUGCCUCUGUAUAAAUCAAAAUGAUAAUAGGAAGGAACUGUUGGAAAGGUAGGUGUACAUUAUCAUCCGGCUUCGCGCAAUCGAUCAACUGUUUACGCUGUUUAUUUUCAAAUAAAAGUUUACAUAGUGGUUUAGACACAAGUUUUCAUACAAAAUUUGCUUUCUCAGGGUCAAGAACCUGCAAGCAAUGAGAAGUCUAAAAAUAUAUGACCUUGACCCUGGGAGGAGCUUCACUAAAGCAAAGGUAGCGAGACGGCAAUGAAGAACUGAAGGAAAAUUGGGGUGGGGGGGGGGGUUAAGUCCCUUGCUUGGUUUUAGGACUCUCCACUUAGGGUUUGAGUUCAAGAACAAUAGCGGAGAUGAGAGCAUUCUGAGCUCUUUAGAACCUUGCAAACUUGGCAACGGCAUCAGCAGAUUUCCUGGUGUUCUUUCCACAGUUCUUUAGGUGUUCCACAGGCAGCCCAAGCACACUAUGUGUGGGUUCGGGCUUCAGAGGUCAUUUGGUCGGAAUAUACUAGAAUUAUUAGUGUAUUAUCUGAUGCCAAAUAAAUGCAAGAAUCUUAAAGAUAUGAAGUCUUCUUAUUUGUCUACCUGUACUAGUAGCCUUUAAGAUAACGAAGGUCGAUAUUCUUUCAUUAUUACAUGUGAUUUGGGCCCUUAAUGUUCGAAUCGAAUCUACAACGCUAAGAAAAAAAAUCAUGAUCACGCUAAAUAUUGAUUCAAAAAGCUCCUUUACCUUUAGUUCAUAACCACUCUGUGUCCUACGGCCGGUUUAAACGCUGUUUAGUCGACUUUCUUUCCAUCGAGUACUGAAGACUAUAAAAGAAGGGAGACCUUCCAAGACCUUCCAACGACCCUCGCCGUGCGAAGGCCAAUAAAUUCCAAACAAAGUGACCGAUCUCCCUAAAAUUGCCACCAGCGAGACCGAAGAGUGUAUAUCUACCCGUUCGGCGAGCGCCAGUUUCUCAAUUCGGCUGCAUGAGCCCGAGGAGCGCUGCAUUUCGCAAUGAUUCUGGUCAGCUUCGCUUCGCCAUGAUUUGCAAUCUGACUGUUAUCCUACGCGUUAGCUGUUUCCGGUAGAAUUAAAUGCACCGGCUCCCCCGACGGUAUCGGUUUGCGAUAGGACAAAAGUAACGACCCUCCCUUGCAAGAGUGACGUUUUGUCGAUCUGACGCGGUCGCUAAGCUUCAAGAUUCGAAUCUCGAAUCUCGUAGGAUAACGGUCAUUUUCUAUUGAUUGAAUACGGCUAAAAAUUUCUUGAUGAGCGUUCCAUUCAGGUACAAUUUUCGAAGCUUAUCUAAAAAAUUCCCUACGAUUUUCUGAAGUUUAAUUUUUCAUAUUUUACUCCUUAUGUUUGGGCUAAUUUUCUUGAAAAAAGGAAACCUAAAAUUUUCGGAUUCAAAAAUGUGAUAGAGAGGAAUAAGAAAAAUUUUCACUUUCGCAAAACGGUCAACUGCAUCUAAAUUUUUCGGAAAAAUCUUGAACACUGAAGCCCUUGUAAUUUCGAAAAGCCUCAAGUUCCCCUAGGAUGACCGAACAGAUACAAAUUUUAUAGCGCCGCUUAGAAUGAAUUUCUAGAUAUCUAAAAGUACUCUGGAUAGCCUAAAAAGACUUUUCAAUGCAUUUAGGAGGAAACCGUCGCUGGGUGCCCCUGAUAACGGUAGAACUAAACCUCGCUGUAAUCGCACUUAAACGGCCAAAAAUACUAAAGUUUAUUUCAACAAUAGCUGAUAAUACAACAAAAGAUUAUAGAAGAACUGGAAUCCGAGUGGAGUUAUAGAGGAACUGGAAUCCGAGUGGAGUUAUAGAGGAACUGGAAUCCGAGUGGAGUUAUAAGAACCACAAUUCGAAUAAUCGGGGUAAAUUUCUUUGAAUUUUUUUUAUUAAGGGAAAGGAAACUAAGUUCGAGUUGGGGGAAAUUCGAGUUAUCCAAGUUCAACUGAAUUUAUCGGCAGCGGCGGUUUCAAAUCAACGUUACCUCGAACCUCGCUUCCUCUCCAGGCCAGAAUGAUUCUCAGUCUAAAAUAUGGUCUAUGAAACAAAAUAAACAGCCUGCGAGCAGAGGCCCUUCGAUCUUCCAAGUUAAGCAGGUUAAGUCGCGAAGAGGAAAGUCGAGGCGGCUGGCAGAGGUCCCUUCCUCUUCCCGACUUAUCUACGAGGAUUGAAGGGCCUCUGCUCGCAGGGUACAAAAUGGCCCAUUACCGACUCAGAAAGAUGGAGGUUUUUCUUCCAUAUGGACCCAUGCAUUUUAUUCUUCCUGACCCAUUACGUUUUCCAUUGCAUUUAAGCUAUUACUCGGAUGGCAAUUCGCAAAAUCUGAGCGAGGAUAGAUCUUUCCACUUAUACUUCAUUUAGCAAAUUUUGAUCAAUCCUGACAGAGUUAAUUACAGGAAAAAAAACGCAGUAAUUGGAGAAAAAUCCACGGUCAAUUUUGCUACUGGCUUACCUACAACUCUUUACAGACUAAGUUUGUUCCUUUCGUGGUUGGAAAGAAAGCAAGCCAAAAUUUCAUGCGAAAGAAAGACGAUAAAGUGGGCAACAAAACAAGCUAUAAAAGGAAAGAAAAGAUUAUGUCCUAAGUGUUGGAAUUUUUUUUUUAGCCAUUCCAUGACUGGCCGAAAAACGGUUCAAAAAGGAGGAUUUGGUCCAAAAUGCAGUUUUUUUCCCUAAAAACUGGCUGACGGCAAAGGGUUAAAACUAAACUAGCUAGCAAGAACAAAAACAAACGUUUCGCGAUUACAAAGAUAAAAACGAUUAUCAUUGCCAACACAGUGCUCCGCACUAUGAAGCCACUGGGUAGUGUUGUAAACGUCAAAUCACUUUUUUUGUACAGUUCGAAUAAGCUUUGUCAUUUCACGUAGGCUUUUCAAUUUUUUUUCUGCUAUAUUCUAAAUAAGAAACAAUUUUAAAAGGGAUUUACAAGAAAGUGUUAUCUUCACUUGUGACCUGUCAGUGGGCGUGAAUAAGAAUUUUUAAAUACCGGUAAAAGAAUGAACAUCCUUAAUGGACUUUCUCAUGAAAGAUUUGACAUGGACAUGAAUCAAUCGAAAAUGCUUCCACAAAAGUGGAAGCUAUUCUCCUUUUAUGCCGAGCGCAUUCAAAGUAUAAGUUAUCAAAAGAGUAAAACUAAAUGUCAUUAACAGGCAAAAAAUAUCAUUUUCAGGUCUGUGGGUUUUGCUGACUAGAACUUAACGUUCUAGGUUAUGGACUUCUGUCGCUUUUAUGUCCCCCGCUAAAAUCACUGGACAAAAAAAUAAGAUCUCCUUAGUUUCUAUAAAAAAAAAAAAAAUUCGGAUUAAGUUCGCCAGCAGGUCAAAUUAAAUUCCUCUUCUAAAUUGGACAGCACUUUACGUCGGCUUAUCGACAAAUUUAAUUUAAAUUAAAUCCGUCUGAAUUAAAUUCGACGUAAACUAGAGCUGAGCUUCUAGAGAAAUGCAUGCAAAAGCAAGAAGACCAAAGUUCCAUGUAGCAAGACAUUAUUUGUACUUAAUAAGUUAAAAUUAUUGCUGUUGAAUUGAAUAAAAUAAAUAUUAAUGCCGGUUUUUACGACAAAAGUUUGCUAGUGAGUUUAUAUUGUCGCGAAUUGGUGACUCUGGCUCCCCACUUAUAGUUUGACGAUGGGCGCGCGCGUGAAUCAUUUUUUUUAAAAAUGGGCGUGAAUAAUAAAUAGCCCUUAAUGGAAAAUUUUUCACAGCAUCCAUAAAAAGUCGAUUUUCCACUUUCAAUGUUCAAAUCAUUCUCCACGGUCAGAGCAAGAAGUGGGAUAGUACGCAGCUCCUAAAAACCUCUAAUUUUACAACAAGUUGAGGAGGUCAGUAAUUGUUGUAAAUUACAAUGUUUAUUUAUGUUUGUACUUAUAGUCUCGCUCGUGCCUAGAGAUUCAUUAUGAUUAGUUUUGUAGAUCAAGGUUACUAAUCCGUAUUUGUAUUGUCAAGUUUUUGAAUUCAAUAACCUUUUUUAAGUAGGAAAUUUUUUCAGCGCAAGUGUCAUUAUGAGUCUGAGUGUCCUUGAAGUGGGCACGUUUUGGGAUCACCGCUGACCUUGAUCGUUACCUAAUCAGAGUUCCUGUUUUGGCUUAAGGUAGAGCCUCGCGUGGGUAUACUUGUCGGGCUUUCAUUUGAUUUCUUGCUUUUGACAUUAUUAACCUUAUAGGUUUGUUUAUUCCACUUUGGUGAUCAACAGGAAAUUAGUUUCCAAAGUGCGUUCGUAACUCUCAUGGUCAGCAAGCCCGAACGUACCUACAUUUAAGUUAGUUAAGUUGCCAAUAUUUGGCGUAGAAAGACUUUUGUGCAGUUAGUAUUGUUCUAGAGUGUGUUGUUAGAAGUUGAGCUGUAGUCGUUAAGAGAUGCUGUGUAGUGGAAGACAUAUGAGUUGCUGUGUCGAAGGAUUAAGAGCACCAAGAUGUAACUCAGAUACCUGGUGCUUCAUCGCUAAGCGAGCGAGAUGCUCUAACACCCACACAUAAUGCUCGCAACUUUGCCUCAGAGGUAAGAUAAUCUUUAGAGUAAAAUAUACUUAGUUUUUCUUUUACAGAUAGGUAAGACUAAGCACUCGGCUCACUUCUAACAUCAUGAAUCUACAGACCUUCCAACCCCAAACUAUACAAGUCUGGAGUGUUUGAAAAAAAGCCCCCAAAAACCUGGAGAUUGGGUGAAUAUAAUACAGUUUUGAGAAAACUCUGUGAAGUUUAAUAGACCAAAAUGUUAACAAAUAAUGUUGAGAAUUAAUAGCCACAAUAAACUCCCGUUUACUCAUAAACGAAUCGCGAGCUAUUUUCUAAUUUAUUAUUUAUUUCAAUAUUAUAAAAUAAUUGGUUUUAAAUUUACUCAGCUCGACGGUCCCUGCCAAUUUGUUUCUUUCUGUUUUUAUUUCAGUUUUGAAACUAAAAUUAUUAAUAACUCAUCUGACUUCUCCGCAAACAUUUUUUUAACGUAUAUCGUGUUUGCAAACAAUUUUGUCUUUUCAAACCUUGUUUUUUUUUUUUCCAUAUUUCUCAUCCCCCACCUCCGGAAAAAUAAUGGUCCUUCCCUUAUCAUACUGAAAACAGACUCGAGUGAACAGUUUUAAUGAAAGGCCUUCGUUUCUUUAGUGCUGCUUCCGAAAUGUUCUGAUUUUGAAUUCUUUUGAUACUAUAGCUUAUUCUUCACAACUUUGAUUUCUUUUCUUUCUUUCUGGUGAAGAAUUUGUCGCCAUAUAAAUGAUAGUCUCCAAAAUCGAAAUCAAGGGACAUUUCGUGCAGUGGUUGUAUUCACAGAGUGAGGAGUUAUUAUCGCAGUCACUAGCCUGCUAUACUACAAAACAGUCCGUAUUUUUGCGUAUUCAAGUACACGCGAGCAGUCAAACAAAAGGUCUGGAACGGGCUGAAAACAGAGAGCGAGACGCCCGUGUGAGGCUCGCGCGCUUCGCACGCGUAAGACUCUUUCGCCACGCUUUACCGAUUUCUUUACUGAUUUUGAGGAAAAAAACCGACUGUUUUGCAGUCUACUAGCCUGUCAGCAAGUUCUCCAUUUAUGAGCGAAGCAAUUCGCGAGAGAACUCGCGAGCGAGUGGCAAAGCCGUGAGGGGCCUUUCUUUCCCCGCCCAUCACACUCGCGUCUCCUUUCGCGUGCUGCUCUCCCGUGACUUCUCGCGACUCCCCAAAUGGAGAGCUUCCUUGCAGGCUGUCAGUCACAAGCAGGCUGUCAGCGGCCAGCGGUCAAGAUGGCCACGUUUUUUGUUGCCCUCGUUGAUUCAACAACUUUACGUAGAUUUUAGACGAAAUCUUCCAGGAAACCUUUUAAAAAGCAAACUUAAGCAAAAGAAGGAGAAACCAUGUCUUCAAAAAGAGUUAAACUGAUUGCCGAACACAUGCCAGCUUUUUUAUGAAAAAUUUCCUAAUUUACCUGUUUCACUCGCAGUUGAGGUUCAUAAUUAGCCCAGUUAUGCUUCUUCUGAUCAAAUAGCUAUACCUUCAUUCACCGCAGCGAAUAGGCCUCAUCACGGUUUUCGAAGGCGUCUUGACGAAUAGGCAACCGCGUGAGAAAUUACAGUGUUUGUAUGAGAAUCUAAUGUCGAAUAAGUUGAAUGUGAGUUGUCAGUGAGUUGUUAACUAAAGCUUCACAGCAAAGGAUUUUACUCACAAAUUUUCGGUGCAGUUACUGUACUUAAAUUUCUCCAGACGCUUGCUUUAGAUUUUUUAAUUAUUCUACAAUUUUUCAGGGGAAAUUUUAGUCGGCAGGAAGAGACAUUUUUACAGACAAAUGUAUAGAAAAUUUUCAGAAAUGGUUCUACCGCUUUUCGCUGUAUGUAACGCCCUCACAUUUUUUUAGUAAAAUCGUUAGCAAUGAAGUUUUAGUUUACAAUUCAUAUUUUUUCAGAACAGCCGUUUGAAAAUUAUUCGAAAUUAGAUUCUCAUGAUACAAACACUGUAAUUUCUCACGCGGUUGCCUACUCGUCAAGAUGGCGUAGAAAAUCGUGAUAAGGCCUAAUAACUUUAGGAGAUUUUGCCCUACUGUUAUUGGAAGAUUUUUUUGGAUGGUAUUCCUCAAUCAGUCAGAGAUAAACCGGCACUAAAAAGGCACUAAAAAAAGGCACUUUUGCAUUGGUGUCUGGCUCAAUAAUAGAGAAACAUCUAUUUUAUAUUUAUAUUUAUAGUUUCUUAUAUUACGUUAUUUUAUUAGUUGAGCAAGUUUUUGUUCGUGCCAACUUGUAAACACCGUUCAGUCACCGUUUAUUGUCUUUAUGUAAUUAGUUUAAUGACUGUUAGUACCUAUUUAAGUCUUGUUUUUGUUACGCCGAGUGCAAAAAAACCUGCUAAUGCAAUUUUCCACUUACUUUAUAUUCUACAUUUUUUUGUUCAUACCCGAAAAGGUUGAUUUCGCCAAACAGUCAAAUACCAAUGAUGCAGGCCAAACAAUGUUUUUAUGUGCUUGCGCUGUUUUUGAUCUGCCAGACAGCAACUCUGGGGACAAAUGAUACAGGUAAUAAAAAACUUUCUUUGAUAUUAAACCCUGUUUCAAGAAUAGUUUUCUUUUAAGUCAAAAGCCUCAGUUGUAUAAAUAAGUGUAGACAAACUCUCGGCCAAUGCAGAUAAUGCAAUAAUUUUCAUCUUACCAGGCAUGCCUAUACUUCAAACUUAGAAACUAUCGAUUCCUCUGAAUUUCUUCUUUCAUGAGGUAUUAUUACAGCCCCUAAAAACCUUUAUUUAUACAAUUUUGUGGGGUCGGGGUCACACUAACCCUAACCCUAAACCUAAAACAGCAUUCUUUAAAAAAAGAUAUACCCCUACCCCGACCCGGACCCCGACCCCGCGGUUUACUGAGACCUGUUUAUAUGUGGGUUAAAAACGACGUCACCGUUUUUCUAAGAUUUUGCUAUCUAAACUUUCCUUGUAUUGCCUUGCAUGGCUAUAAUUUGUAUUCACAGCCUUCCAGAUCAGCUGCAGGUGGUGUUGCUCUUUACACCAGCAAAUCACUGAAAGCUGUCAAAAGAACUACAUACAUACAUACAUAAACUUUAUUUAUCCUCGGAUUUUAGUGUAGCUUACAAAGCUAGUAUCUCCGAUCCUAACUAAUUUUAAAAGUUACAACAUAUAUAAUAUAUUAAUGUAGUAUUAACUAAAACCGUGCACUAACAAUUUGCGCUUAAAUUCACUAUAAUCUACAGUCUUUCUAAAGUGAUCAGGUAGAGAAUUCCAGUACUUAACAGAUGAAUAGCUAAAGGAAUUUAGAUCAUAUGUGGUUGUAGACGGCUUAGGAAGUGAUAAAAUAUUAGUACCCCGUAGGGAGUAAGCAGUAGAUCUUAACUCAGUUGUUUUAAAUAGCACGGAUAUUUACCAAAAUGGAGACAUUUGAAUAUACAAAUCAUCAUAUUUUGUAUCCUCCUGUUGGCUAAACCACACACACCAGCCUUGUCUAGAAGAGCAUCAUAGUUCGAGUCCCAGUCCUUUAAAACAAAUCUUAAAAUACGUCUAUUUAAGGUGUCCAGUUUGACAGAAUCUUCUGAAUUACAAAAGUGCCAUAUCAUUGAACAGUAGUGAAAAUGAGGUAAGAUAAACGCUUUAUAAAGGCGAAGCAUAAUUUCAGAUGAGAUAAGUUUGCCAAAUCUUUUGAAGACACUGAACUGAUUAUUUAUUUUUUUGCAUACAGAGGAUAUGUGAUCCUUGAAAUUAAGUUCAUUGUCUAGAGAUAUUCCAAAAAGAUCCAGGCAUCUUGUGGUUAAAAAGGAGAAAGGGUAAUCGGUUUUGCCAAGAACCAUCCCUUGAUGUUUAGCACGGUUUGCUUUCAUCCCAUUGUCUUCGAACCAUUUAUUUGCUAUUUGUACAUCAUGAUUGAUCCGCCGUUCCAAGGCCACUGGGUCUACAUCAGAUGAGUGCAGUUGGCAGUCAUCGGCAUAAGUGUUUAAUUUUACAGAAUUAAUGUGAAAGAUGAGGUCGUUGAGGAACAUGUUGAACUGAUCUUAGUGUAACUGAUCAGGAAUUGAAACUGUUUGGGUUGAGAUUAAGAAUAUAAAAUCAAAAAGUAUUUUGUGCUGUUGUGCCUAUAGGCGCCCUUCGUCCUCUCUUGAAAGAUUCACUGAGCAUAUUAAGACCAUAUUGCAUAACUUAGCAAGAGAAAAUAAGAAUAUAUUUAUACUAGGUGAUUUUAAUAUUAACCUACUAAAUUGUGUAAACCAUCCUACUUCUGAAAAUUUUCUCAAUAUGAUGAACUCUAAUUACCUAUUGCCUUAUAUUCUCCUACCAAUCCGUGUAACCGAUAGAGGUGCCACUUUAAUUGACAACUUUUUUGCCAACACUUUCAACUUUAAUGCUCUUAGUGGAAUCUAGUCACCAAAAUAUCUGACCAUUUCCUACAGUUUCUGAUUAUUGAAGAUCAUAAAGUAAAUUAUGCCACCCUUAACUAUUACAAACAUGACUAUUCUCAUUUCAGUGAGGAAGCUUUUGUUGACGAAGUAUCUCACCUUGAUUUCUCUCCUAUUUACAAUAGUAAUUUGAACACUAAUGGCAAGUUUGAUCUUUUCUAUGACCAAAUCGAUUUUGUUUGUAAGGUACAUGUACCUUAUAAAAGGCUUUCCAAAAAGGAGGUUAAGAUAUCCUCCAAACCUUGGAUUACUAAAGAAAUCUUUGCUAAAAUGAAGUAUAGGGAUAAACUAUAUUCCAAAUUACUGAAAAGUAGACAACCAAAUCCUAACAACCUUCAUUAUCUCUAUAAGAAAUUUAGAAAUAGGGUUGUUAAAGACCUGAAAGAUGGUAAAAUCUCAUAUUUUAAUCAAUAUUUUUCUUUAAAUAAGCAUAACAUGCAAAAGCUAUGGUAUGGUAUUAGAUCGAUCUUAAACGUUGGUAAAUGUAAAAGCAGCUACAUAACCUCUAUUUUAAAUAACAGCAAGUCUGUUGACAAUCCUAAAGACAUUGCAAACAUCUUUAAUAACUUUUUUGCAAAUGUUGGUAAAACUACAGAGAAGGGUCUCCCCCGAGGAAGUCACAGCCCUUCAUUCUACCUUAAGGGUAACUACUUAGGAUCAAUUUUUUUAUCCCCUGUCACUUCGCAUGAAAUCUGGACUUUUAUUGGUAAAAUGGAUGCUAGCAAAUCUUCUGGCCCAUACUGUGUACCUGUUACCAUUUUGAAAACUAUUAGGGACUAUAUAUCUGAGCCUCUUGCAUUUUUAGUUUUUGGUGGCAAUUUUCCCGAGGAAUUAAAAUUGGCAAGGAUUACUCCUGUUUUUAGGAAAGGCUCAAGAUUUGACAAAGACAAUUAUAGACCAAUUUCUGUACUUUCCAACUUUAGUAAAUAGUUUGAAAAAGCUAUGUAUCAUCGCCUCUACAGUUAUUUGGAAGAACUAAAAAUACUUUAUCCACUUCAGUCUGGUUUCAGAGAAAAAUGUUUGACUACCCAUGCUCUUAUUCCUAUCACUGAAUCUAUUCGCCAGUUCAUUGAUAAUAAUAAAUUUGGCUGUGGCAUAUUCAUAGAUUUGAAAAAAGCAUUCGAUACUGUUAAUCAUGCAAUCCUAUUAACUAAGUUAAAACAUUAUGGAAUAAGAGGUGUUGUGCCUGAUUGGUUUAAAUCUUACUUAUCCCAAAGAGAACAAUUUGUAAAUCUUAAUGGUCAUAACUCACUUUCCUUACCAGUCACUUGUGGUGUUCCACAAGGAUCUAUUCUAUGACCCCUUUUAUUCUUAUUAUAUGUAAAUGAUUUGCCCAAUACUUCUAGCUUACUAACAUUUCGUCUAUUUGCUGAUGAUACAAAUCUUUAUUUUUCUAGCAAAAACCCCAGUUACCUUGAAGCAAACCUAAAUCAUGAACUAAAAUCUGUUCCCGAAUGGAUGAAAUGUAAUCGGUUAGCUUUUAGUACCUCUAAAACUAACUUUAUUCUUUUUCAUUCCAGUAAACGUAAACCUAAUCAGUCAUUAAGAAUUAUAAUUGAUGAUGCACUUAUUAAACAAGUUGGCUCUACUAAGUACCUAGGCUUAACAUUUGAUUCCAACUUAACUUGGAAAAGUCAUAUUAAUGAGCUUUGUUUGAAACUAUCAAAAACAGUAGGUAUCUUGUCAAAAGGGAGACAUUUUGUUGACAACCAUAUUCUUGUCAUGCUUUAUUACUCUCUUAUCUAUCCUUUCCUCUGACUUACGGUGUCCAUGUCUGCGGUUUAACCUUUCCCUCAUUUCUAACACAAUUAUUUAUUAUCCAGAAAAAAGCUUUCAGAAUAAUAUCUUUCUCCGAACCAAAAUCCCAUUCUGGGCCUCUGUUCAAAUCUCUCAACCUACUUAAGCUCAAUGAUGUCAUUGAAUCACAGAUACUCUCUUUUGUUUAUCAGUGCUCAAGCAGACUGUUACCCCCCUGUUUCAGUGAAUAUUUCGAAUUUACUUCUUCUGUUCAUUUCUAUUCAACGAGGCAAUCAUGUAAUAGAAAUCUUCAUGUAACCUCAGUUAAUACUACCCAAUUGGCUUACGCUCCCUAAAAUUCACUGGUCCUCGCCUUUGGAACUCCAUGCCAACAAGUAUAAUUAAUUCAAAUCUUUUAGAAUAUUUCGUAAAACCCUUAAUUGUUAUUCUAAUUAAUUAUCUGCCUUAGCGCAUGAAGAAAUACUUUUUAUAAAAGAUAUAUGUAUAUAUAUUCUGUAUUCUGUCUGUAAUAUUGUGUUUUAAUGCAGGGGUCAUCCACUAGAUUAGCCUUUGCUAUUUGGAUGAUCCCAACUCGCUUUCCAUUUUGUUGUUACCGUUUUACCUGUAUUCCUUAGUUGUACUGUGUUUAGAUGCCUAUGUAAAUAUAAACUUUAUGUCAUGUAAAACUGAGCUGAGUUUAAUAAAUCAUCUUGUCUUGUCUUGUCUUGUCUCAGAAUAAAUAUGACUUUAAUCUUUAUAAGUUCUUCAAGCGAUGAAUUCUCACAUUUGUAGAAAAACUAAAAAACAGAUGUUUCUGUUGGUUUCCGGGACGCCAACAUGGCGUCUCCAUACCCCGGCUCCAUACAAAGCUUUUUAAAUAUGGAUAAAACGAUUUCCAAAUAUCUCGCACAUGAAAUAUGGCACAGACCUGAUUCUAGGUAGGCCUUUUGUAUAUUUAUCUUUUUUCACUUCCCAGAUUCUGGAACUUCUGUAUUGAAUGGUUUGCAUUUCUACUUCUGAUUGCGUGACAGUGAAAAACAGAGAGAAUUCCUCGUUUUUUCAGCUUUCGACUGAUCCGAAAUAUCCGGUUUGAUUUUUAGCAGCACGUCAGAAAAGAAUGUUGAACUUGAACGCUUUUGACUUUAACAUAAACGAAUGUCUCUUUUGGCGAUGGACAACUUAUGGUGUUGGAAAAGGCAAAGCCGUAUUAAACAAUAAUGUUAAUUGUAAAGACAAAAAAGAUCGACUCCAGGGACUCUGUUAUGGUACUCCUUGGCCUCAAGAUCCAAUGGAAAGGAAAGAACACAGAGCGCAGUUUGCCGUUUGUUACGACAAGUACACACGUAUUCCGAAAUUUACCGGGCACGUGCUUAAACCGGGUGUCUCAGAAGGGGCAAACGCGGAUUAUGUAUUUCACGCUGAUACUUCUUUUGGAGGUAAGUAAUUCAACUAAUUAAGGUUUUGUAAUAACUAUUUCUCGCGCACUGAUUAGCUAAUGUUGAUCAUGGAAGUUUGAUACAAAAAAUUUUAAUUUAUGCACGUAGGUUGUCAAGGCUUGCAGUGGACAACGCUUAAAAAAAUACCUUGCGUCUUUUCAAGUGCGAAUUUUUCUUUUCUAAGUUUCUAUUCCAUUCAAUUUAUUACUACCGUCGAAGUUCUCCUUGCGACCACUCUCGUAAGCGACCAGCUCUAGUUUCGACCACCUUUGUGAAACCCCGUUUGAACUGUGACUUAAACUUGUAAUGAAAAGCUCUCGUAAGCGACCGCGACCACUUUUAGGAUUAUUCAAACAGACUUUUCCUAUGUUUUUAAGUGCUCGUAAGACCACUGAAAGUCUUAUUCAUAAAAACCAACACUUAAAUGAAUUUGUACACUACACUAAUGGUUCGUUAGUAAACAUCUUGGGGUAUUUUGGUCUAAAAAAUUGGGCGUAAAGUUUAGCCGUGUCUAUAUCAAUUAAGACACUCAUUAAACAUAAAAUUUCUUUUGUUUUUCUUUAUGAAUUAUUCAUGGUUUCUGUAGCUCUGGUAAGCAAGUUCUCUGUUUGUUUGUUUUGUUUGUAUGUUUAAUCUUAUUCUUAUACUUAUAGCUUAUA